AUGAUGACUACAUACAGUAACUCCUGUUAGCACCUGUCAGAAAAGCCUGGUGUGGAUAAUGGCAGGAGCAGACUCUUUUGUCCUCCUUACCACUGAGAACUUCAGUGAUUAUAAUGAUGUAUGAUUUGCUUUCACUUUAGUUGGGGAGUUAUACCACCUACAUUCCACUUGAUGUAUCAUUGUGUAACUCAAUGUGUCAAAAAGGGAUUUUAUAUGCAUGACAAUGGUCAUCUCUACAGGCUAUUCAGUGUAUAAACUGUAUGCAUCUUCCUGUUCAGCUAUGUCUUGUGCUAAUCAUAUUCAUCAGAUAUUCAAGGUGGGUUUUAGACGUAGCUCCUGUGACUGCAGCCAGGAGAUGUAGCCACAGCCAGGUUGAGGUUGACAGGGAAUCUUUAAUGGAGAUUAAUGCUCUCACAGGGGUCAGCCUGACUCUCCCUGGCCACACCCCAACCAUCUGUAGCCCCAUGUACUAAGGCUGGGGCCUGGAGGUCCACCGCCAACCUGAAUGGCCCCUAGGACCCUCCAGAGAGCAAACUGUCAAGUGAUCUGCCUGCAUGAAAUGACCCUUCACGAUUUCUGUGUAUCUGUCGGCUCAGAUGCCUGUAAUUUUACCAUACCCCAUAUCUGCUUCUUUUCUCAGUCUUUAAAAAAAAUGAGAGAGAAGAAAAGAUGCAGUGAAAAUUCCAGACAUUAUUACUGUGCUGAAUGUAUGGCUCCAGAGAUUCUCCCCUUUCAUCUUUCUUUUUCAUCUAUAGACACAUGGUAGUUAUCAGACACUAUGGAAAUACUGUGGUUAAGAUACUUUUCCCUUUGCUGAUUUCACAUUUUUGGGGUAUUUAUGACCUGAUGAUCAUUAUGACUGUGCUGUGUUCCAACUCAAGUAACACUAUGUUGUUUGAAUUAGAAAGAUAAUGUUUGCCUCAUGUGAACGAAACAGUAUUAGGAGAUGGUCCAAGUGCUUGCAGAGGUGUGUGUUGGUUUGUGUUUGCAUUUUAUGUCUGAAAGCGUCCGCAUGCUUCCCUCCGAAACAGUUCGGAACAGUUUGUGCAUAUAUUCUGACAACAUUUGGUGACGUUUUUGUUCGUUUUGGUCUUCGGCAAGUUUUCUUUUCGGCUGCUUGUAAACAAAACAAAAAAUUCAGAUGCAAGCCGAAGUCGGUAGCCGAAGUGUACAACCCUUCAUCAGUGAUUGGUCAACAGUAGGGAUUCUUCAAUGAAGUGUUUGUUGUCAUUCAACGAGAGAUGAAUCGCUUUCAUGCAAAUCUUUUCACUGAGAAAUACUGCACCAAACAUCUUAGGUAGAUGUAAAAUUGUGCAAUUAACGUCAAAAUUAAUGACAUACAGUGGGGAGAACAAGUAUUUGAUACACUGCCGAUUUUGCAGGUUUUCCUACUUACAAAGCAUGUAGAGGUCUGUAAUUUUUAUCAUAGGUACACUUCAACUGUAAGAGACGGAAAAUCACAUUGUAUGACUAAAACCAAAAUCCAGAAAAUCACAUUGUAUGAUUUUUAAGUAAUUAAUUUGGAUUUUAUUGCAUGACAUAAGUAUUUGAUACAUCAGAAAAGCAGAACUUAAUAUUUGGUACAGAAACCUUUGUUUGCAAUUACAGAGAUCAUACGUUUCCUGUAGGUCUUGACCAGGUUUGCACACACUGCAGCAGGGAUUUUGGCCCACUCCUCCAUACAGACAUUCUCCAGAUCCUUCAGGUUUCAAGACUGUCGCUGGGCAAUACGGACUUUCAGCUCCCUCCAAAGAUUUUCUAUUGGGUUCAGGUCUGGAGACUGGCUAGGCCACUCCAGGACCUUGAGAUGCUUCUUACGGAGCCACUCCUUAGUUGCCCUGGCUGUGUGUUUCGGGUCGUUGUCAUGCUGGAAGACCCAGCCACGACCCAUCUUCAAUGCUCUUACUGAGGGAAGGAGGUUGUUGGCCAAGAUCUCGCGAUACAUGGCCCCAUCCAUCCUCCCCUCAAUACGGUGCAGACGUCCUGUACCCUUUGCAGAAAAGCAUCCCCAAAGAAUGAUGUUUCCACCUCCAUGCUUCACGGUUGGGAUGGUGUUCUUGGGGUUGUACUCAUCCUUCUUCUUCCUCCAAACACGGCGAGUGGAGUUUAGACCAAAAAGCUCUAUUUUUGUCUCAUCAGACCACAUGCCGUUCUCCCAUUCCUCCUCUGGAUCAUCCAGAUGGUCAUUGGCAAACUUCAGACGGGCCUGGACAUGCGCUGGCUUGAGCAGGGGGACCUUGCGUGCGCUGCAGGAUUUUAAUCCAUGACGGCGUAGUGUGUUACUAAUGGUUUUCUUUGAGACUGUGGCCCCAGCUCUCUUCAGGUCAUUGACCAGGUCCUGCCGUGUAGUUCUGGGCUGAUCCCUCACCUUCCUCAUGAUCAUUGAUGCCCCAUGAGGUGAGAUCUUGCAUGGAGCCCCAGACCUAGGGUGAUUGACCGUCAUCUUGAACUUCUUCCAUUUUCUAAUAAUUGCGCCAACAGUUGUUGCCUUCUCACCAAGCUGCUUGCCUAUUGUCCUGUAGCCCAUCCCAGCCUUGUGCAGGUCUACAAUUUUAUCCCUGAUGUCCUUACACAGCUCUCUGGUCUUGGCCAUUGUGGAGAGGUUGGAGUCUGUUUGAUUGAGUGUGUGAACAGGUGUCUUUUAUACAGGUAACUAUUUCAAACAGGUGCAGUUAAUACAGGUAAUUAGUGGAGAACAGGAGGGCUUCUUAAAGAAAAACUAACAGGUCUGUGAGAGCCGGAAUUCUUACUGGUUGGUAGGUGAUCAAAUACUUAUGUCAUGCAAUAAAAUGCAAAUGAAUUACUUAAAAAUCAUACAAUGUGAUUUUCUGAAAUUUUGUUUUAGAUUCCGGCUCUCACAGUUGAAGUUUACCUAUGAUAAAAAUUACAGACCUCUACAUGCUUUGUAAGUAGGAAAACCUGCAAAAUUGGCAGUGCAUCAAAUACUUGUUCUCCCCACUGUAUUUCUUGAGUUAUUUUAGAUUAAUUCUGACUAUUUUGAGGAAGUGUAUACUGGCUACAGCGUCUCAAGAUAGACAAACAGUACUAUUGCUGCUUUUUUCUUGUUUUUCAAGCGUAGGUCUUUUUGAAGGAGUAUGCGAGCACACUCAAUCAGUAUGUGAGCACACUAGGCACCAGCAUGCGGAAGGCUGAAGGAAUGGGCAUAAUGAAUGGGGAUGUUUGGCUUUACUGGUGUUAUCAGGUUACAACACCUUUAAUCCACCAACAUAUUAUUUUUAGUGAGCUACUAUGUUAGCCUGUCACACGUGACUUUUGUCCUUGAUUGCUUAACCAUAACACAGUUAUACUGUGGGUAUUCACAUGGAGGGAAACCUCUGAUACCAACACAGGGACACAGGGUACAUUUGAGCCUUGUAUUUGACACCUAGGAGACAUAUAGAUAGCUGAAAUUGACCUGUGGGUUGUGGACAGGGGUUGUUUAAAAAUGCAUACGGUGAGUAUCGUGUGUGUGUGUGUGUUGGGACGUGUGCUGGCUGUCUAGUCUGUGUUGUAAAAUUGGGUCCUCCCCUCUCCAGCUGUUGUGCUGGUGAGCCUGCCCACUGAGAGACCAUUUCCCAGGUGUCUCACACAUUUCUUACUAAUCUCCUGCUCACAUGGGCUCCGCCAGAGCACCUAAUCUGUCUCCACGGCGCCCGCUGGUUGGAUUUGGGCUGGAUGCUGUCUGAGGAGAGCUCACUGACAACUGUAGAGGAGACAUGGCUUAGAGCAGGGGCACUGACGAAGAGUCACUUUCCACCUGCCACAUCCUUCUGCAGACACUCACACAUUCAUGCAUAAUGAAUACACAGAGACCCAAUUGGCCUACAUACAUGUGUAGUGUACACACAGAUGCAUAGAAUGUAAGAUGACAGGAGCUCAGCCAUCACUGGGCGUAGAGGGGAGUACAUCACCAGUGAGGGCUGCUGUUCUGACCCCAGCCUCUGAAUCACCCUAGCAUUCCAGCCCUCUCCUCUCCUCCUCUCCUCAGUAGUGCCAAUGGGCAUCCGACUCACACUGGAAGUGUUCCUGUCCUGUCUAGGAUGUGGAGAGAAUCUUAAUUUACGUCAAGUAGAUCAUUGAUGGUCAGCCUCACACCCUGCUCCCCAGUGCGAGCCACGGUGAGAUACAGGCAUGCUAAUUGCAUCAGACAGGGAAACCUAGAGAGGGAAGUGAAUAUCUCAUUUGUGCCCAUGUGUGGGGUGAAGCGAAUGCGAGUCGUGUUAUUGCUUUCACACCGUCCUGAUUGAAUUAGCUGGCGAGGCCCGGGCCCUAAUUGAAUUCUGGGGCCCUGCGUCACCACUCAGCCAAAAAGAGUGUGUUCCCUAUGGAAGGGUUACAUGGAGGGGACAGACUGGCUGUUGUACUAAACACCUCCUACCUACAUUAUGGAUGCUCUCCUUAGGCCCAUCACAAGGUUAGCUUCUCCUCACAUGUGACCACUACAGAGACUUUAAAAUCAUUCAUAUUUGCAAGCUGUCCCUAUUAUAGCUGACUGUUUUUCCUAAUCUAAUUUGGAUUUGAUCUGCUCCAUCGUGGGACAGUAAGUAUGGCACAAAACAGUCAUCUCUCUUUAUGGUCUAUCCUUAUUAAGGGAUAACAUCUGAUCUCUAUUUCCCAGUGAUUCAUCCAAAUUGUUUAUAAAGUAGACAGAGACAGUAGACAGAGAGCAGGAAAGCCAUGCACAUGCCCGUUUCUCCCUACAGUAGUCCUCUCAGUGGCAAUUGGAAAUACACUUCCACACAGAGAAGCCCUGUGACUCUGGCCAUUUUCACCGCUUUCAGCACUUUUUUCUGCUGCGCUAACAAACCUUCACACCUCCAAUUCUUUUUUCCCCCAGCAUUUUCUCUUUCACACAUCCCUGAUUCUCACACAGAAGCACACACACACGUAAUGAACACUCACACACACAUGUACGAAAGUACACACAAACGCGCAAGCACACAUGCACACACACCUCACCCCUCUUUCUCUCCCUUGUCUCUUUUUAAUGCUGCUUUCAUUAAAUGCAGCAGUUUUAGGGGCUGGUUUUGAAGCAGCUGAAUAGGAGGAAUGGGGAAACAGGAGAGGGGGUGGGGGUGUUCACCGUCACUGCUGCAGUCCCCCAGCCUUCUGGACAAAGGACCUCUCUGUCGGGCGGGGUUGCUGGGGGAUGGAGGGGGGGACAGGGGGGAGGGAGGUGUGGAACAGGUCAUGGGUUUUUCUCAAUAGACCUGCUCUGGCUGGAUUAGUGGCUGUUUUCAGCCAGAUGAUUCCCUGGCCAUGGUGAAGCACUGCACAGCUCAGACAGCCAUGAUGGAAAUGUCAAAUGCCCAGCCUUUAUUUUGUUCCUCCUGGCUGUCUGGGCUCACCGUUCUGCUGCUGUGCUGCCUGCAUGUAUGUGUGUGUGUGUGUGUGUGUGUGUGUGUGUGUGUGUGUGUGUGUGUGUGUGUGUGUGCACGUGUGUGUGCUUGUGCAUGUGUGUGUCUCUUUGUGUGUGUGUGUGUGUUUGUGUGUAAGCAAACUGAGCUGGAGAAGCCAGAUUUACCGGCAGCUCAGAAUGCUUCCAGUAGAGUGGCUGGCUCCAUAAUCGGCAUUGUCACCAAAAACAAUGGAGGCCCACCUCACACACAAAUACAGACUAGGGUAGAUACAGUGUAUUUUCCUUUCCUCUGACAUAAAUCUGCCUGGCUGGCUAAAACUUCCAGGAACCUUUUGAAACAACUAGCAAUAUACCUGCUGUAAAACCUGACUGGCUCCCUUGCACGGAGGACUCACUUCUCACAAUACAUUUUUUAUACAGUGGGUCUACAGUACUCCCAAUUAAAUUCUUUAUGUCAGGAUGUGUUAUUAGAAGUCAUAAACACAGACAGAAAGGGUUGGCCUCUAGCCAGUCACUGCCUCUGCUCCGGAGAACAGCAGUCAUUGAGAUGUGACAGCCAAGCCUUUCCUUUUCUGACAUGUGCCUGGAACCACUUUGAGGUCAUCUGGACCCUUUGACACGGCUGCCACUAAAUUAAAUCCGAAGUGUUUAUAAAUUCCAUUAGAAUGUUUCUGUGUGCCUUUUCUUCUUGACUUAAUGUGGCGUUUCAUCACUUCUGUCAAAAUCCAUGGGUUCUAAGAGCUGAGAAAAAAAUGGCUUAUUUAUUUAAUGAUAUUAAUAGACAUGUAUUUAAAAAGAAUAAAAGAAAGGAGGGAAUAUAAAACUCCAGCAAUGAAUAUUCCCCUCAUAUUCCCUCCCCUUGCCAGAGGGAUGUCUGAAAUUGGAAGCUACAUCCAAAAAAGGCUUUCACCCUUGCAUGUCGACUGAGGGAUUCGAGGGAGAUUGUGAUCAAACAGCUCAACAGUACCAAUCUGAGCGAGGAGGGAAUCAUAGUGCUGAUCUGCUUUUUAAUCAGAGCUCUGUACUUUUCUGCAGGCUACAUCUGACACCAAGCAGCUCCUUAGCCCUCCAACACAGCCUCUUGAAAGACUGAUGGAAUUCCCCCCCAAAAUAAAGGCCUGGCAGCAGGGCCGGCUCCAGGCAUAAGCAAUCGCUUAGGGCCCCCGGCCACUAGGGGGCCCCUGACCAGAAAAAGGAACUCAGUCAGGGUCUCAACUGUUGAGCAUUAAAAUAGUAGAAUACACUAGGUGUAAGUAAAAAAUUUGUUUGUGCAUCAGCAGUUUUUCUCUUGUUUUGUCAGUCACUGACAGUCACUAAAUUUUUUUGAUUGAUAAGUUAGUCUAGCCAGUUAUCUAAACUUGUAGUAAUCAUGGCCGAAUACCGACCAGGAAUGCAGGGCACGUGCCAAGGGGCCCUGACCUCCAGGGGGCCCCCAUUGAUUUUGUUAGUCACUCUCACUGAGAUAUCAUUAACAUGUCAUAAAUUAUGGCAAAAUGUGUCAAAUUGCAGGAAAAUAGCAUUAAAACUGCAAAAAUGUAUCUUCACCCCAUGGCAAAAUGUGUAGAAUUGCAGGAAAUUAGAUUUAAAACUGCAAAUAUGUCUCUCUGCCCUAUGGCAAAAUGAGAAGAAUUGCAUGACAUUUGUUAUAAAAUUACAAAAAUAUAUAUAUACGUCCCAUGGCAAAAUGGCCUGUCAAGAGGGGGGCCACUAAAACAUUUUUCUGGCUUGGUGAGGGCACCCUCAACCAAAUCUUGCUUAGGGCCCCCAAAAGGCUAGAGCCGGCCCUGCCUGGCGGUGACAGACUGAGCCCACACCUAACACAGCCUGUUCUGUCUGUAUGUCUGUAUGUCUGUCUGUCUGGACAUUCCUGGCCAUAUCUGGCUACCAAACAAUAGACCUCGUUUUUGACACUGUGCCUCCUUCCCAACUCUCUCAUCCAUAUUAAACAUACUUGGCCUGAACUCCUUAACACACUCAUUCACUCAAGCCUAAACACUGCCUUCUGUCUUUCUCUUUUUAUCUCCUCUGUUCCACCCCUUCUCCUUUCCCUCUCGCUGGCUCUUUCUGCUAUUUCCUUUGGUAUCGUGCUCCUCUGACCUCUUCACUGCCUUAGACUUCACUGUGUCCUUUAGUCCCAGUCCCAAUCCACAGAGCUGUAGCUGGGGCCUCAUUCUGUGACUCUGGUGACUGGCAGUGUGAAUGUGCCGGCCUCAUGUUUCACUCUGUACCGGGCCGCUUUCCUCCAUCAAUCACGUGAGAAGAAAAACAUGUCAAGACUAAUAUUUAUUGAAGAGCUCGAUCAGAUUUUCUCUGUUUUUAUACCCAAUACCUUUUCCUGUGGCUGACGUUUAUGACUAUGAUCUCGUCCAAAUCAAGAGCCUCUCGCUGAAUAUUUAUUUUUGCUUUAGCUAUCCACAAGCUGCAUCAGCCUCACGGAACAUUGUCCUCUCUCUGUGUCUGUAUGUGUGUGUGAGACAGUUUUUUCUAAGGAAUCCGAGUUUGAUGGGCCAGAAGUGCAAUAGUGUGUUUAGCAGUUUUGGUGGGAGGAUGAUGAUUGCGAUGUGUUCUACAGAGAGUUUGUCAGGAGGUGGGAUUGGAAAAGAGCAGUAAUCUUGCUCCAGCAUGGUGCUCCAGCAUGGUGACUGGGAACUGGGAUCUGUCUUCCUAGUAUAAACAGUGGGAUUGAAUCAAGAUUUAUCCUGCCUUGUGAUGUGACCUUCUCCAAAUAAAGCACAUAUUUUAAUCCAGCUGUAAUUGCCAGCUCAGACCAGGGAUGGAUAGGGAUAAGACUGUUUUAUUUUUCCUAGAUAUGGAACAUAGUGAGACUUUGUGAGAUGGCUAUGGAAAAUAGUGAAACUUUGUGAGAUGUGCUAUGGAACAUAGUCAGAGUUUGUGAGAUGGGAUAUUGAACAUAGUCAGAGUUUGUGAGAUGGGCUAUGGAACAUAGUCAGAGUUUGUGAGAUGGGAUAUGGAACAUAGCCAGAGUUUGUGAGAUGGGCUAUGGAACAUAGUGAGACUUUGUGAGAUGGGCUAUGGAACAUAGCCAGAGUUUGUGAGAUGGGCUAUGGAACAUAGUGAGACUUUGUGAGAUGUGCUAUGGAACAUAGUGAGACUUUGUGAGAUGUGCUAUGGAACAUAGUCAGAGUUUGUGAGAUGGGCUAUGGAACAUAGUGAGAGUUUGUGAGAUGGGAUAUGGAACAUAGCCAGAGUUUGUGAGAUGGGCUAUGGAACAUAGAGUUUGUGAGAUGGGCUAUAGAACAUAGUGAGACUUUGUGAGAUGGGCUAUGGAACAUAGAGUUUGUGAGAUGGGCUAUGGAACAUAGUGAGACUUUGUGAGAUGUGCUAUGGAACAUAGCCAGAGUUUGUGAGAUGGGCUAUGGAACAUAGUGAGACUUUGUGAGAUGGGCUAUGGAACAUAGCCAGAGUUUGUGAGAUGGGCUAUGGAACAUAGUGAGACUUUGUGAGAUGGGCUAUGGAACAUAGAGUUUGUGAGAUGGGCUAUGGAACAUAGUGAGACUUUGUGAGAUGGGCUAUGGAACAUAGAGUUUGUGAGAUGGGCUAUGGAACAUAGUGAGACUUUGUGAGAUGGGCUAUGGAACAUAGUCAGAGUUUGUGAGAUGGGAUAUGGAACAUAGUCAGAGUGUGAGAUGGGAUAUGAUGCAGAGUAUUCAACAGGAUAAGGAUCCCUUCAGAUAUGUUUAUUUUGCUCUGUGGGUUCCUGACCAUAAUGUAUUCAGUGGUGUAGAGGUAUUUAUUUAGGUGCCGGAGAGCAAAAGAAUAGUAAAUUACAUCAUCAUUUCUCUAAGUGUGUACCGACUGAUGUAGUCUAUUGAAUAAUAUUGGGCUAUUUUAGAAUAUAUGCAUAAAAUGCAUCCUCCAAAUGCAAGCUCUGCUUAUGCCUAGAAAUGUUCUUUUUUUAAUACCCUCAAACACCGAAUAUGCCAUCAUCACUGCCAAUUGUGAAUGAUAAUUCUCCACGCAUGCCAAGCUGCAUCUGCAUGCCAACCAUUUGAUCUCAAACGGUUUCAUGGGAAUAGUCGAUGCAUCUAUAGUAGAUUUUCUUGAAUGAUGUGUUACUAUUGUUUUGUGAACACAUUUUAGAAGAUAGUGUUAACAAGCUAUAGACUACCUUGACAUUGAUUCAGCUAAACUUUAUUCAAUGACAACAGGGAUAGCUCUCUGGUAGCAUUGGCAUAAGGACAUUCAGAACGCUGUGGAGGUCAUUCAUAAGUGUGGCACCUCCUGUGUGUGAAUUUGUCAUGUGUUGCUUUAGCUCGUAGCAAGUCCCCACACCACUCCAUUUCAUCCUCUUACAGAUGGAGAGGGAGAGGUGGGUGGUGAUUAUCUCAAGCUAAACCAACCUCAGCUGGUUUGGCCCCAGUACAAAAACAGCUCUUGACAUGGUGCUUGAGCAGGUGCUGCUGUGCAUUCUGGGAAGGGUUCCACAGUGUGUGUGUGUGUGUGUGUGUGUGUGUGUGUGUGUGUGUGUGUGUGUGUGUGUGUGUGUGUGUGUGUGUGUGUGUGUGUUUGGCGGGGCAGGUGGAUCUGAGGUAAAGAUAAAGGGAAUUCAGAGAGAGUGAGUUUCACUGUAAAUGGUAGUGCUUCACUGCUUUUUGAACAUGCACAAACACACACACACGCACACACACACACACACACACACACACACACACACACACACACACACACACACACACACACACACACACACACACGUACACACACAGUUUCGAUGCAGUGGUGUGUGAUCAUCGCCAUCCCUAUCCAUAGCUGUACAUUUUCCUCCCACUCAGGACCUUAAAGAGCACUUACAGGAAGUAGACCACUCCAGAAGAUCUCAGGCAACCAGCGCGCUGUGAGCAAGCUGAAUAAUGAAAGAAAAACACAGUUGUCAUCCCCACAGACUUCCUCAAAUGAGAGUCUUUUGCAUUGUGGCGGCUGGAUGGCAUGUCUCGUAAAGUGAGAUGCAGGCAAACGGGGAUUAAAACCGACCAAACAUGAAAUAUGUAAAUGGUAAUAUGUUCAUAUCUCAUCUCUCUCUCUCGUGUUAUUUUUUCCAGCUUGUCCAUCGGCCUUCUUCAAGCCUAUACAGGGUGAUGCAUCCUGCAUGCAGUGUCCAAUCAACAGCCGUACCACCAACGAAGGAGCCACUAACUGUGUGUGCCGCAACGGUUAUUAUCGCACCGACUCAGAUCCCAUCCAGAUGCCCUGCACAAGUACGUACUAUCGACCAAAUGCACACACACACACACUCACACUCUUUUAAUUUCACACCCUGGUCCUGAGGAACUGACAGGAAUCAGAAAUCAAAAGACAACAGAGCCUCUCUGAGCAGAAACAGUCCUGUUAGAGAGGAGUCCCUCACAUACACCCAGCACUGACAUGCUCAUAGAGCACAUGUCAACAGGUCUGGCCCAACACACACAGGCCACCAUCCCCUCCUCCCAUCACAGAGCCCUGCUGCCCUCAGCUAAAGCAGAGGUUACUGGGCCAGGCCAUGCAGCAUUGUAGUGGGACAGACGGAGAGAAUAGACUGCACCAAUAUUCCUCUUGUCAUACCAAUGAAGCCAUUUGAAUAGGAAUUUGUGGUUGACGGAGGGUCUAAGAAAGAGUGAGGGAAAUACAGAAACAUAGAGAGGAGAGAGAGGAAUAUGCAGUAUAUAUAGUGUACUAAGAAAAGAGUAAGGGGGAGAGAGGAGAGAGGGGGAAGAGAAGAAGAGAGCGAGAGACCGCUCCUUUCACCACCCUCGCUGUUUUUUUUCCUUCCCUCCUUUGUGAAAGGGAGAGGGAGAGAAAGAUUUGAGCGCUUCCAACAAAGGAGAUUUGCAUAAGCCCGGCUCUGGGAGCAGAGCAGCUGAAUGAGAAAGCAGCGUCACGUCGCUGGUAUUAAACACAGCGGGCCCGGGCUGAUUAAAUAAGGGAAACAGGCCCAUUCGAGUGGCCCGCGAGCUAACUGGGGCCAUUAGCCGCUCAUCCCAACCCUCCCCAGGAAGGAGACGAUGUUUAGGAGGCUGUUUUGCAUGAGAGAGAGAGAGAGAGAGAGACAGACAGACAGACAGGCAGGCAGGCAGGCAGGCAGGCAGGCAGGCAGGCAGGCAGGCAGGCAGGCAGGCAGGCAGGCAGGCAGGCAGGCAGGCAGGCAGGCAGGCAGGCAGGCAGGCAGGCAGGCAGGCAGGCAGGCAGGCAGGCAGGCAGGCAGGCAGACAGACAGACAGACAGACAGACAGACAGACAGACAGACAGACAGACAGACAGACAGACAGACAGACAGACAGACAGACAGACAGACAGACAGACAGACAGACAGACAGACAGAGGGCCUCGAUGGGCACUGCUCCAGGCCUGGAAGUCUCUUAAUGGCAGCCAAUUAAAAGGGUGGUUAAAUAAGUGAUCAAUUCAGGUUUAGGAGUUUGUGGGCGGGGGGAAUUUCCUUGUUUAUCCCAUUAGCACUGGAGAGAGCAUCCUCCCUAAUUAGCUGCACAUGCCCAUAAAAGAUAAACAGUACCCAUUGUGCGUUUGUUUGGCCUGUCAGUCAAAUGUAAUGCCGUGGGGAAUGUUACUUUGAGGAACAGUCACUUUCUCUGUCCUGCAGUAUGUCUACUUGGUGCUCUGCUAUACAUAACCAACAGAUUGAAACAAAUAUGUGGCAUAAUAGACAUCAAAAGUCACCUGAUGUUGAAGAUCAGUGUGUUUAAAUGGGCAUCCUAUUAAGUUGAGCAUACCAGGCAAAGACCUCAAAGAGACUGUACUGUAUUUGUGGGCAUGUGGUUUCUCUCUUCUCCAGUGAAGGAGUUAUUUGAGUAGAGUGAUACUGGCUCUGGUAUUCUCACCUCCCAGAACUCCAAGGACACAAGCAACAUAAUUCCCCUGCCAACAUCUAAAUGAAAUGUCAUGAAGUAGUGCUUUUGAACUGACUAGAGUAGAUUGAGUCCCUAUCAUUUCUCCAAAUUUUUUUGGUCUUACACCUCAAGUCUGUAGCCAAACCAUACUCUACAUAUGAGACUUCUGUAAAUGCUUCUCACAUUCCAAAUAGAAACCAACUAAGAUGUUGACUGUCUAUUGUCUGUGUUUCUCCAGCGGUGCCGUCUGCACCUCAGAAUGUUCUGUCCAUCGUGAACGAGACGUCUCUGAUGCUGGAGUGGCAGCCUCCUAGGGAGUCAGGUGGUCGUGAGGAUGUGGUCUUCAACAUCAUCUGUAAGAGCUGUGGAGGGGGCCGGGGAGGCUGCACGCGCUGUGGCGACAACGUCCAGUUUGUACCCCGCCAGCUGGGUCUGACUGAGCCCCGGGUCUACAUCAGUGACCUGCUGGCCCACACACAGUACACCUUUGAGGUGCAGGCCGUCAACGGGGUCUCCGACCAGAGCCCCUACUCACCACAGUACUCCUCCGUCAACAUCACAACCAACCAGGCUGGUGAGUAGAGCCUUCCUUAUGCUCUCUCUGUCUCUCAAUUCAAUUCAAUUCAAAUUACUUUAUUGGCAUGGGAAACAUAUGUUUACAUUGCCAAAGCAAGUGGAAUAGACAAUAAACAAAACAGAAAACAACAAGGGAAAUAAACAUUACACUCAAUGUUCCCUGUAAACUGCGCACAUGCGCAGGCGAGCAGCAGCCGCGAAACUGCCGCGCAGCUCCCCCGGGACUGUUGCGCAGAAAAAUACUGUAUCAGCCCACAGAGAGAAGCAUGAGAUUGAACUUCACUCAACUUUCUAGACUUUUCCCUGUUAGUUAACACUAUCAACGUUUCCCUUUACUGUGGCAAUUGUGAUCGAAUCAACGCAAUAUUAGCCACUUUCAAUGCAACAUACCGAAACAAAAGGAAAUAUGCAAUAUAUUUUGUUGUAGGCAGAACACAUCGGAGUAGGAUUCUAUUGCAUUGACACGCAUGACUCAGCCCGUACACUACUCAGCUCGCGCAGCAUAAACAAUCAGAGCUGUAGUAGGCCUAUAUGCAAAUAGACCAUUGCCAUAUAUGGAUCUAUGCCAUUUACUUUGAUCUGGACUGUGCUUACAGCUGUGGUCGUAAGUAGAUGUGCUUGUUUUGAGAUCAAAGUAAGAGCUGCAUGUAUCCACGUUUGCACAUUUUGUUCAUAUCCUUUGCUAGUUAGUGAGUUAUUAGCCCAGUUAUAUAUCAUUUGUAGUCAGUAAUAGGGGAGGGACUGCUUCCUACAAGAGCACAAAACGUGUACAUUUCUAGACAUCUUUGAAAAGCGAGUCAGGUAAAGAGCUGUGUUGAAUAAGAGAGACAGGCUUGAAUAAGCUAGGUAGCCAAUAAGCAGAGGGUAGCAUAAUUUGUCUGUUUCUCUGUAAUAAUGGUAUGGGAAUAAUAAUGCAUGUUAUUUUGUAAAGUGGUUUCUUGCACCAAACAACACAACACCAUUUUCAGUCACCUCCUUGUCUGAAGGACAAGUGGAUAAACAGGUUAAUGUCAAGUCCUGCAGUUUUUUUUCCGAAAGUCUCAUGGAAUGUAGGCCUACAUUGAACACCACACAUUGGCUGCUACUGUAGGCUGACUGAUAGAACAGCUAUUUCCAUGUUAAAAUGUUAGGUGAUGCAUUUUGUCCAUUGUUUUUGAUGGUAGGCCACUAUGGUAGGCCUACAUUAGGAUCAAAAUAGCCACAGUAGUCAAAAUAGCCACAGUAGUCACAUUGAUUACAGUCACAAAAGUUUUAAAAGAAUAUAGACCUUUCAAAUGUUAUAUUAUUGGCUAUGUACAGUAUUGUAACAAUGUGCAAAUAGUUGAAGUAUGAAAGGGAAAAUAAAUAAACAGAUAAAUAUUGGUGGUAUUUAUAAUGUUUGUGCUCCAUUUGUUGCCCUUUUCUCAUGGCAACAGGCCACAAAUCUUGCUGCUAUGAUUGCGCACUGCGGUAUUUCGCCUAACAGAUAUGGGAGUUUAUCAAUGUUCCAUUUGUUUUCAAAUUCUUUGCGGGUCUGUGUGAUCUGUGGGAAAUAUGUGUCUCUAAUGUGAUCAUACAUUUGGCAGGAGGUUAGUAAGUGUAGCUCAGUUUCCACCUCAUUUUGUGGGCAGUGCGCACAUAGCCUGUCUUCUCUCUGUCUCUCUCGCAUACACGCACACCGCACGCGCACACACACACACACAAUGAUGCAGUCUAACUUUUCUCUAAUGUGGAGUAAGUAUGCAGAUUUGUUCUAAAACGAAGUGAGAUGUCUGUUGAUGAUGUCUCAGGCAGGGUUUGAUGGCCUGUUGGUCCUCAAGAGUGUGACCUCAUCAGGGCUCUCAGACAGAGUAGCUCAGUGAGCACUACUUUCCCUCCUGUCUCCCUUGACUGCUGCUCAGUGAUUAUAGUUCUAACAUCUCAGGCCCUUGCUUCAUCCACCCACUCAUCUCUAGUCUUACUUUGAAGCUUAUAAAGUAUUUGGUAAUAUGCCUUGAAUUCACUGUGAUCCCCGUUCCCUCUAAGAGUUACAUUAUAAACUGCACCCAAAACAGUAAUGGGACAAUUAGUAAGAGACCACUGUCUUUCCAGUGAAUAAUAACAUCUAAUCAAAAACAGGUCUGUGUGAUUGGCUUAACUUUUUCAUCUUUGGGAUCUUGGAGAAGCAUGCUCCAAUCACUGGCUGUCUCCCGUAACUAUGGUAGCAGUGCAUGUUUUCCACUGUGUGCUUUGUGGUUGUAGAUGACUGCGCCUCCAUUAUUUCAUCCAAGCAGCAGCAUUGAUUUGCUCUUUAAUUGUCUGUAUGAGACGCAUCAUUUGGUGUGCCAGGCUGUGCUGCCUGAGCACUGAUGACCGGGGAUAUGGGCUACAGGCUUUAUCUACGCCAUGGCUUUGUGUCCUGUUGGCAGUAUGCGUAAGUGCCUGUCAUCUCUCAUCAUCUGACUGGACUGAGGAGAGACUUCUAUGACUGAGCUCCCCAAAGCCCUAUGUUACUGUGCAUUAUUAAAGUGGACAUAUUGGCUGUGUUUAACUAUACAACUUCACCCCUCCUUUACCUCUUACUUUAGUUCUUAAGCUGAUGUGACUCACUAUGAUUCAAGCAGAGAUGCAAGGAAGUAAAGAGGCAGAAAGAGUUAUGCGGAAUACAAUAUAUGGGCCUCUUACAACACAUUUUUGACACAUUUGAAUCAGAUUUGUUUUUGAGAAAACAGUAUACAAUACUACGCCGCCUCCUUUAGAGUCAGUCAAUUAAUAAUGAUUAAAAGCAUCUCUCAGAUUAAUUAAUAUAACUGGAUAAAUGGAUGUUUGUAUUGAAAUAACCACCUCUUUUUGAUAGUGUGAUAGUGAGUGGUUGUUGUGGGGGUUAAUGAGGGACCUCAGAGUGCAGUAAAGGCUUUUAAUGAGGACCCUGCCUCAACUCUCCCUCACUGGGCCACAAUAAGUCUGCCACCCCUGCCCCAGCCUUCUCUACUACCCCUCCUGAACCCCCUCCCCCUGCCGUGGGGUCCUGGCGGAAAUUGGGGGGCUCUGCGCCGUCUCCACUGAAGUGGCCGUCACUUUGGAUUACAGCGCCAGGGCUACCGUCAGAGAGAGCUGUGAAAGAGACUGAACUCUGGCUCACUCCCCCUCCCCCUCCCCUGCCCUGCGACCAGCCUGGAUCUUACUUGGGAUAGAGGGGCAGAGUGCUGUGUGGUUCCACAGUGGGCUGGAGCUGGGGUCAAUGGGACCAGGAGCCUGUAAUUGCAUCUGGUUUGGGAGGCUUGGAGGUUACAUAAACAUCAUGUCACCCCUAAUUAGCAGAGCCGGCGUCGUACCUCCCCCUUAUGUUACAGAGAGAGAGAGAAAGUGUGUGUGUUUCUGUUAAUCAGACACGUUUGGAACCUAAAGCUGUACCCGCUGUACCAAGCAUUUAGCUGCAUCCACAAUAACAUCUGCUAAACUGUGUACGCAACCAAUAAACAUUGAUUUGAUUUGAUUUGCUGGGGGCGGGGUGUUCCUUGAAAGAAACAAAUGAAAAAGAAAAUUGGAUGUGACUGGUGUGAAUGUUUUUUUCUCAUGUGAACGGCUCCCGUCCUCGGCUGCUAGUACUUGUUGACGAGGGGAAAAUUAACGGGGUGUGAGGAGACGAGGGUAAAGGUUUUAAUUCACCACCCCCAAUCAAGCACAUAACUAUAGCUAUAAACAAUGAAGAGAGAGAGAGAGAGAGAGAGAGAAACAGAAAGAAACAGAAGGAGGUAGGUGGAGUGAAGAAAGGGGGAGGGCGAUAGAGGACAUUUGAUGUGACCCUAAGGCAGCAUGUCUGUGGCAGAGGGGUGGCAGAACAGAGUGGGGCGUGUGUUUUGUGAGACACAAAUGUUUGAUGAUGACUUGACAAGCCCUCAGAUGAGUAGUGAUGCCUCAGUCUACCAACAAACACAGAAUUCUGUCUGCAACCCUCUGGUAAUACUAUUAGAGCUGGAAUGUUAAUAGAGGAGUUGCUUGCCUGGGUUAUAUUGCUUUAGUGAUUUAUCUGUUGUGUGGCACGGGAGCAGCCUUAACAAGGCCUUAUUGAGCAAAAACACAAUGUUUUAUUGAGGCCGUCUCCUCUGGGGCUGGAAUGACACCCCUGGGCUGUGGGAAAGCACAAAAAACACCCACACACAUGUAGAGAGGGUAGGGGGUAUAGGGGACAAACAGCUAAAGACAAAGCUAGCCUUUACCUUUCAUUCUAAAUGAUUAAUGGAGGUUAAUCAUUCAUCACAAACACAGUACCCAAUCUCUGUCUCUCUCUCUCUCUCUCUCUCUCUCUCUCUCUCUCUCUCUCUCUCUCUCUCUCUCUCUCUCUCUCUCUCUCUCUCUCUCUCUCUCUCUCUCUCUCUCUCUCUGUAUGUCUGUCUGUGUCGCUCUCUCUCUCUGUAUGUCUGUCUGUGUCGCUCUCUCUCUCUCUCUCUCUCUCUCUCUCUCUCUCUCUCUCUCUCUCUCUCUCUCUCUCUCUCUCUCUCACUCUCUCACUCUCUCUCUGUUAGCCCACAUUCAUCAUUUAGGGGAUAAAAUGGUUGCUAAAACCCUACCAUCCCCCUCUGAUCGUUUAAUCAGACCCAUCCCCGACAGCUCACUGGCAGCAUGUCAUUUUGUCCUGAGCUCUAAAAGACAGAGGGACUGCUAGUCUAAGUCCACUUCACUACUCUGGUCCGACAUAUACACAUGCGCAAGCACACACACACACACACACACACACACACACACACACACACACACACUGAAGGGCUGUUUGAAUGACAAACACAGACACGCCCAACACCAGAGCUGUCAAUGAGUGACCGAUAAAUGCUGUGGUUCUGAGAGGAAUUACUGUUAUCACCGUGUCAGUCAUGUCUGACGGGAAAGUAUUUUACACCACUCAAAAGAUGUGUUUGGGGUGACUCACAAAAAAAGAUGAUGAGCACAUAAAAUGGUAGUGUCCCAUUUUGUGUUGUGUUACAGGCAGUGAAUCACAUGUAUUGUAGUUGCAGGGAUAGUCAUAUUUCAGCUCAAUAGUGAUUGUCCUGGCUAUCAAUAGUUACAGUGUGGUAGCUGCAACAAUAUUCCCCCCUCCCUCAAUCAAAACCAUUAGCAUUCUGCAUGGGACUUCCAUGGAGCCCUGCAGUCGAUGAAUAAGACCUCCAUAUACCCAUCUAUGCUUCUGACUAUGUUCUAUACAGUGUGUAACUCUAUUAAAUUGUUGAGGACUUAUUUGUUUAGGCGUUUCAUUAGCCCAAGGUGAGCCAGGGAAGCUGCUGCUAAUAUGGGGAGGAAGGGGAGACUGAAUUGGUUUCUUAUCAGGUGAGCAGCUCAUUGUGGGAUGGAAUCCCAUUACUCAGCUCAGGGAUGGCUGCUGUAAUCUGAUGCACCACUAUCAUACAACUGGGGAAGAUGUACCACUUAAUUAUCCCCCAAAUUGCCAGGGCAAACUGUAACCAGGCCACUAGGUACGAACUGUAACUAGGCCACUAGGGGAGAACUGUAACCAGGCCAUUAGUGACGAACUGUAACCAUGUCACUCGGGACGGCUUUGCUGCUCCAAUGGGCAUCGCUGAGGAACACUGGUAUAGGGCCAGGUAAACUUCUGCCCAGAAAUGAUAACACUCUGUCCAAUAUAGCAACUACAUUGUUGAUUUGAGUCCAAUGCCACCACAACGGAAUGACAGCAUGGUAAAACAAUGUCAUUAGAGUACCACAGUAUGAGUCAUAAUACCCAUAAAACCUAGCGGUCAAACAGAGAAAUGGUUCCAAUUGUUUUUCCACCAUUCAUUUUAGAAACACUUAAAAUAGGCCUGUGUUUCGUGUAGGCUUACCCUGGCGUGACGUUUUGAUAGCCAUGUAAAUAUCUCUCAGACAAGGUGACUUUUAUCAAUAUAUUUGCCUAUGUUUUCCCCCCCAAAAUGAUAUGCUAAUUAGCUGCUAACGUGGCUAUCAUACAGAACUACAAAUGCCAUGAUGAUCUGGAUGAGACUGCCGAAUCGAGGCAAAGGUAAGAAUCUUUGGAUUAACUAUCUAACAUUAACUCAAUUUAGUAAUGAAUAAAUUGUCUACAUUUCCUUAAAUUUACAAUUCUGUGAACUGUCUUGGGCAAGUUUUACAUUUACACAAUACCUGUUAGCAAAGAUGUCAGCUAAAGAUGAUGUGCAGGAACUUGCAGGGAUUUGUAGCCUUGCAUGAUAUCUACUUUCAUGCUAAUUAGCAUUUUUGAAUCUGAGGGUAAAUAGAGCCAAAUAUAUUGAUAAAAGUCACCUUGUCCGAGAGAUAUUUACACAGUUAUCAAAAUGUCACGCCAGGGUAAACCUACACAAAACACAGCCUUUAUUUUAUGUGGUUCUAAAAUCCCCUAUGGGAAAAAUGAAUGGUGGAAAACGAUUGGAACCAUUUCCCUGUUUGACCGCUAGGUUUUAUGGGUAUUAUGACACAUCCACUGUGGGGCUCUAUAGCCCAUUAAGGUGAGAUUUGAUACUCUUGAUUCUUCAAAGGCUAAUUCCUCACCAUUAAUAAUUUAUGCUUUUAUAUUCAUGCCUUCUAAACACCAGCUCUGAAUAAGGGGGGGGGGGGGUUCCACUCCUCUGCUGCUGGUGCUGUAGUGUUGCUAACGUGUCCAGCUGGGUCGAGAGAGGCAGAGAGAUACUACCAGACCAGCCAGCGUAG